AUCGUCGUCAAAUUCUUGCAGCUUUGUGUGAGCCGAGUCAGUGAUGGAACAGCUCAAAGCUUUUCACAUGGCUGUGAUAUCAGCAGUGUUGAUGGUAAUAUUAGGAGGAAAUUCAGCAGUGACGGGGCAGAUUAACACCCCGUGCACGACGUCAAUGAUAAGCAGUUUCACCCCGUGCGCGAAUUUGAUUACCGGAAGCACCAACAAUGGUGCAGUACCAUCGAGCACGUGUUGCGAAUCAUUGAGAUCUUUGGUGAACACUAGUGUGGAUUGUGCUUGUCUGGUAAUAUCAGCCAGCGUUCCCUUCCAACUACCAUUCAGCUCAACUCUCGCCCUCUCCCUCACCCGAGCAUGUAACAUGAACGCAGUGCCCGCCCAGUGCAAAGCCUCUGGCUCUCCCUUACCCGCUCCAGGGCCGGCGGUGAUAGGAAGAAAUGGGCCAAGACUUGGACCCACGGCCGCAGCAUCUCCCUGGAGCCCUCAAGCGUCUGAGGAUAAGGGGGAAGCUAAAAUAAGCAGAUUUGGGAGUCGGAGAUUGGCACAGGCACAGGCAUCAUUGGCUCCAGCACCAGUUGAAAUGGAAGAGCCCACGACAACUCCGGGAAUUCGACCAGUCUUCACUCCACCCUCCUCCUCUUCCAAUCCAUUGUCCCUUUCCUUUUCCCCAGUCAUGUUUUCCUUCAUUUCACUGUCACUCUUGGUUGCCACCGGCUUCUAGUUAUUGCUUUCUACUUCAUUUCACUGUACCCCUGUCCUGUUCUGCUGUUCCUGCGUCCGCCAAUAAAUCAAAGGACCUCCCAUGUCCAUUUAAUUUUCUUUUCUUUUCUUUUUUAACGGAAUUACUUCUUGUUAUUAUUUUAAGUAAGCGGGAUGGAGAUGACGGUACGCGUACGACAACAUACAAGCACCGCUUGCUCACCUUAGUCUUUCGUGAAAAGAGAUGAUGUGACAGUAAACGGUCAAAUAAUCAAAGUAUUUUCGGAUUGUCUCUGUGUCCUCUUUCUCAUUAUAUUUUUCCAUAUUCAAUAUCAUCUCCAUUUUAAAUUA